AUGGAUCGCGGCGGCGGGCCGACGCGAGUGCUGCGCGCGCAGCAGCCGCUGCAGCACUCGCUGGUGGUGACGGUCAGCGUCAUCAUGACGGCGUGCCUCGCGCUCAUGGUGAGACGAAACGACACGAUGGCGUACAUGCUGGUGGCGCGGCACCUCGCCAGCAUGGACCAGAUCGCCCUCGCCCUCACUGAGAGCAUAUCGGAGCAGACGACGAACCAGGCGGUGGAGUUGAAGGCGCUGGUGGCGGCGCUGGAGAACCACACCUACUCCGUGGCCGCCGCUGUCACGGACCACGUGGCCGUGCAGACCGUGCAGCUGCGCCAGCUGGCAGCGGAGCUGCGCAACCACUCGCACUUUGUGAGGGAGCACGUGGGGCAGCACGUGGACCAGCAGCAGGCGCAGCUGGCGGAGGUGCUGGCGGAGCUCAGGGCGCGCAUGGGCGAGGUGGCCUCUGCUGUCAUGGCGCCCCCCGCCCCGCCCCUGCCUGACACCGCCAUCACCACCUCCAACCUCACUCUGCUCGUUGCCGCGGGGCUGCGAUCCCAGAGGCGCACGGAGCAGGCGGUGGGCAAGCUGGUCACGCAAGUGGGCCGCCUGGCUGCCAGAGAUGAGGAGGAGGGGGGGUUGGGCACGGAGACGCUGAGGGAGGUGGUGUCAGCCGUCAAGAAGCACAUGCAGCUCUCCCGCUCGCUGCAGAGCACGGUGGAGGGGCUGGCGGAGCGUGUGGACGCACAGGCACAGCUCAAGGGGGGCGAGGCCACUCCGCAGGAGGAGAAGAUACUGGCGGUGCUCAAGGCGCUGGUGGCGCAUCUGCGCGCCAAGGAGAAGGCGGGGCUCACGGACGCCGUGCUGCAGGGGCAGAGGCGCAUGGAGGGGGUGGUGGGGGCGCUGGUGGGCGAGGUGCGCAACAAGACGGCGUUCCUCAGCCUGCUGCGUGCCGUGCGCGCCCAGACCGCCAUUGUCGCCAAGCUCGGCACGCGCAUCGCCAGCCUUGAGACGCGCGUGCUGCCGCCCACGUCCCUUGCCGGCACCACCCUCGCCACCGGCGACGCCACGGCCCUUGCCGCCUCGGCCGGUGGCGCGGGCGGGGCGGGUGGAGGAGUGGGGGCGGGCGAGGCGUCGGUGGUGGUGGCGGCGGUGACGGAGACGCAGACGGGCAUGGCGGUGGUGGUGAGGGAGGUGCAGCGGCAGAGCGAGGCGGUGGCGGAGCUGCAGGGCAUGCUGGAGGCGAGCAGGGGCGCGGACAUGCUGCAGCUGGCGCACAAGACGCACGAGGCGCUGCACGACCUCGUGCUCGCCGUGCGGCAGCAGGGCAAGCUGCUCGUGUCCCUGGAUGGCCGCCUCGCCCACAUCCAGGGCCACGUGGGUGGCGAGGGUGGCGGUGGCGCGGGGCAGGCGGAUGGCGACGUGGCGCGGCUGGAGCGGGCGGUGGCGGCCGAGGCGGAGGGCGGAGGGGACGUGCUGAAGGCGGCUGAGGAGGUGAUCGGCGGCAUGGAGGGCGCACAGGCGCAGGGCGGGGAGCAACCGCAGGAGGGGCAGGGCGAGCAACAGGGGGGGCAGGGGGAGCAGCAGGAGGGGCAGGGUGAGCAGCAGGAGCAGCAAGAGCAGGGGCAGCAUGAAGGGGAGCAAGCGAAUAAUGGGGAUUUGGCAGACGCCAGCAAGUGGUCGCAGCAUGCCUUUGCAGGGUCGCCCUCCUUCACUCGCUUCAGUGGGUACCGCAUGGGGGCGCGCAAGCUGGCAGCGGUGGGGUUUGGCCCCACCGACCUGCAGCACACUCGCGCGGUGGGCAACUGCAGCUGGCACGCGUCAGACGACGUGCUGCCGUGCACGGCGGGCAUCACGUACUCGCUGGUCACCAACCCGGGGCACAACCAGGAGAUGCUCGUCACCGCCUCCUUCGAUGCCGAUGUGCCCAACACCGGGGGGCACCUCACCAUCGCCAUCGACGACCACCCCUUUGUGCUGUACAGUGAGCGCCCCAGUGAGCACGACGCGCUGGACCCGCCCGCCUCGGACUGGCCCGUGGAGGUGCUCGUGUGCGCGCUGCCGCCCGACCCCGCCCACCCCGUGCCCCUGCACUCCCUGCACGAGUUCCUCGAGUUCUACCGCCUCUCGGGGGUGGCACGGGUUGUCCUGUAUGACAACGGGGCGUGGCAGGAGGGCGGCAUGGCGGAGCAGGUGCAGGGGCAGGUGGAGCGUGGCGAGGUGGUGGUGGUGCCGUUCCAUGGUAGUCGCGACCACGAGCUGUACCGCCAGGGCAAGGGCCUGGCGCAGCAGGACUGUGUGAGGGGGGCGGGGUACACGGCGCGCUGGGUGGUGCCGGCGGAGCUCAACGAGUUCCUCUUCACCGGCUCGCACCCUGCCGCCCUGCCCACCUUCCUGCGCGCGCACUCAGCGGCGGCAGUGGUGACGGUGGGGUCGCUGUGGUGGUCCAGCGCCAAGUGCUCGCUGGACUUUGGAGCGGGGUCAGAGGGCGGGGGCAAGUUCUGGGUGGAGCGCAUGGUGUACCGCUGGCCCUGGCCCGUCUGCCACGACACCGCCGCCUUCCCCGAUGCCAACCUGUGCCUCGGGGAGACCGGCUACCGCAAGCCCAUCGUCGACCCCAGGAAGGUGGAGGCGCUGGGGGUGUUUGAAGCGAGGGGGGGGGGAGGCGAGGGGGCGGAGGUGGACGUGCGCACGGAGGAGGCGGUGUACAACCACGUGCAGGACCUCUUCUCCGCCCCCUCCUCCUCCUGGUGCUCCGAGCUCUUCAACGACGACCAGGGCCCCGAGUGGUGGGUGAGGGACACCUUCCUGCGCGACUACGCCCACUCGCUCCGAGCAGGCCGCGUGUGCGACUUUGAUAAAGGCCAGUGCGAGCCGCUGUCGCAACAAUGA